CUAUACUGUUGCAGAAUUUGUCGGUAUGUCUCUUUCAUAUGGCCUCUCCCUCAAUUCUCUGGUGUACUUUGCAAUAUCCACUAGCUGUAUGUUAGAAAAUGAAAUGGUUGCUGUGGAGAGAGUGAAUCAGUUCAGCACUCUUCCUUCUGAGGUGGCUUGGGAAAUAGAAGACAAUCUUCCUUCUCCAAAUUGGCCCACUCAUGGAGAUAUCGACAUUAUGGAUCUAAAGGUUAGGUACCGACCAAAUACACCUCUAAUUCUGAAAGGUAUUAAUCUAAGCAUUAGUGGUGGAGAAAAGAUAGGAGUUGUAGGAAGGACAGGCAGUGGCAAGUCAACUUUGAUCCAAGCAUUGUUCAGGCUCGUUGAGCCUGCGGAGGGGAAAAUGAUCAUUGAUGGAAUAGACAUAUGCACAUUGGGUCUGCAUGAUCUUAGAUCUCGCUUUGGCAUAAUUCCCCAGGAGCCAGUUCUUUUUGAAGGAACAAUCCGAAACAACAUUGAUCCGAUUGGGCAGUAUUCAGAUGCUGAAAUAUGGCAGGCUCUGGAGCGCUGCCAGCUGAAAGAAGUAGUAGUUUCAAAACCUGAAAAACUUGAUGCUCCAGUGGCUGAUAGCGGAGAGAACUGGAGUGUAGGCCAAAGACAGCUUCUUUGUCUUGGUCGUGUUAUAUUGAAGCACACUCAAAUCUUAUUUAUGGAUGAGGCAACUGCUUCAGUUGACUCUCAAACUGAUGCCACCAUUCAGAAGAUCACGCGACAAGAGUUCUCAUCGUGCACAAUAAUAAGCAUUGCGCACCGAAUACCAACAGUCAUGGACUGCGAUAGAGUUUUGGUGCUGGAUGCAGGUCUGGUAAAAGAAUUUGAUGCACCAUCGAGGUUGAUUGAACAACAUUCUCUCUUCGGUGAGAUGGUUCAGGAGUAUGCCAAUCGCUCUUCGGGCCUGUAACUUUUUUUAGGGAAAUACAGUAGCGAGAACUGUACUUCGAACUGUAACUUCAUCCAUUGUGCUGUGGAUUUUAAGGAAUAAGUAAGAGUUAUUUUGAUAGCUUUGCUUGAGUGUGCAUAUGGAGAACUUGUGGAGAAAACAAAAUUAGAUGUUUCAUAAUGUUAGGAGUGCGCCAAGUUGAACUAAAGAUCUUGUUGUUGCAGUCCACCCCUUUAGAUCUUCUAGUAGCAGUAGUUUAGUCCAAAAUAAAUCCCCAAGUUUUGCCCGAAGAGGUGGUAGGUAUGUUGAAGAUUGGGUUGAUGCCACUCUGUGGCCAUUGAUUCAGUCUUCCUCGUCGCGGUUGCCAUCUUUGGUGGUCCUCCAUUCGGCGACAACCUCUCGUUGAGGGGGCCCGUUCGCCCUUGGAGUUUCUCGUGCCGCAGCCUCCCCACACAUCGGGAUAUCUUGUGAUGGCGUUGCCGUCUGAUUCUUUGGGCAAUGUUCGGUGAGUUCUAAUAAAUCCCACCUUCUCUAUGGCAGGUUUGAUGUGCUCCUUCUAUUUGCUAUUGGAGGAGUCUACUUGACAUCCCUGUUGGGGGGUUUGGGUUUCGGGUUGUUGGCCUCAUUACCCGCUGCGGCUAAUGUUACCGGGUCUUAUAAAUCGGUCAUUCCAAGGAAGGAGGUGCUAGUUUUGAGAUUCAUGUGCUGCAGCCAGUGAAACAAUAGCCGAUGUUCUACUAUGGAGUUAGACGCGCUUUGGAGUCAAUUCCGAGGCGUUGGAUAUUGUGGCAUAUCCAGAGUUUGGGGUUGCUUGACAGUUCAGCACGAGGAUUAUUGGAUAUUGAAACAAUAGCCUUUUGGUAUGCUAGGAUUUCAGGUGAUUUGUUUAGAGAUAAGUUAGGAGUUGGAUUGAAUUAGGACUGCUUAGAGAUAAGUUAAGAGUUGGAUUGUAUUAUGACUGUUUAGAGAUAAGUUUGGCAGGAGAUAUAUUAUGAGUUGGAAUUAAUUUAGGAUUGAAAAUUUCUCUCUCUAUAUAAAGAGGUAGCCGCACAUUAUUGUAAUCAAGCAAGAGAAAAAUUAAUCUAAGUCUAUUAAAAUA